GGCUUCCAUUCAGUCCUUUCUUUCUUAGCUUUUGCAGGACAAGGAGCAUGGUGAUUCGGUGCCGACUUUCAAUGGGAAAUCAAGGGAGCCGGACCUUGGCCGUGCUCUUGACCACGUUUGAAGAACGGGACGCCUUUAGAGAAUCCUGAUCUCACUCCGGACAGCAUCCUGCAAGACUUGAAUCAUAAGACAGGGGCAGAGUUCAUUUCUCCCGUCUUUUGCUACGCCAGCACCCGGCAGGUUUCUGCUUUCGAGUCCUUUGUCUUUUCCAUACAACCGGUGGGAAGUUUGGCAAAGAUGGUUGGCUUCAAGCCCACGGAUGUCCCUCCGACGGCCACCGUGAAGUUCGUGGGGGCCGGAACGGCCGCCUGCAUCGCGGACCUGAUCACUUUCCCGCUGGACACGGCCAAAGUCAGGUUGCAGAUCCAAGGAGAGAAGAAGCAUUCGGUGACCACCAGAACGGCCCAGUACAAGGGGGUCUUUGGCACCAUGGCCACCAUGGUGAAGAACGAAGGGCCCAAAAGCCUUUACAAUGGCCUGGUGGCCGGCCUCCAGCGCCAGAUGAGUUUCGCUUCGGUCCGCAUUGGGCUCUACGAUUCGGUGAAGCAGUUCUACACUAAAGGCUCAGAGCACGCUGGGAUCGGCAGCCGCCUCCUUGCCGGCUGCACCACGGGAGCCAUGGCGGUAGCGGUGGCCCAGCCAACGGACGUGGUGAAAGUGCGCUUCCAAGCACAGGCCCGGAUGGAGGGCAGCAAGCGCUACCAGGGGACGCUGGAUGCCUACAAGACCAUCGCCAGGGAGGAGGGCAUCCGGGGCCUUUGGAAAGGUACUUCCCCUAAUAUCACCCGCAAUGCCCUUGUGAACUGUGCCGAACUGGUGACCUACGACCUGAUCAAGGAUAUGAUCCUGAGAUACAACCUGAUGACAGAUAACCUUCCUUGCCACUUUACCUCCGCGUUUGGAGCUGGCUUCUGCACCACCGUCAUCGCCUCCCCUGUCGAUGUUGUAAAGACCAGAUACAUGAACUCUGCCCCCGGUCAAUACGGAAGUGCCGUGAAGUGCGCUCUGACCAUGCUCCAGAAGGAAGGGCCGCUGGCUUUUUACAAAGGUUUCACGCCCUCCUUUCUACGGCUGGGCUCCUGGAACGUGGUGAUGUUUGUGACCUACGAGCAGCUGAAACGUGCCUUGAUGGCGGCCCGCGGAUCGUGGGAAUCUCCCUUCUGAGCCAGGAGUCGGUGCACUUUGCAGUUCUCAUGCGUCCGCACAUAGCAAGUCUUCGAUUUGGAUCCUCUCCCCUUGUCUCUUACGUUCUCCCUCCGUAGUCCUUAGAAACAGUCUUGCUAUUUUCGUGGCUGAGGAGCAGGUGCCCUGGUUGCUCGUUUUAGUGGUUUUCUUUUUAUUGACGUGCUGCUAUUUACUGUGUUCAUCGUCCCGCUUUUUAAAAAGAAUUUGCCUCUUGUCAGAGCACUUCGUUAAGAAUUGAAACUUGGCUUCAUCCAGAUUUUCCAUACACAUCUUACGUUAUGUAUUCUGUCAAAUCAAUGUAGAUUAUGUUAACAAAAAUGAUUAUCAGAAAGCACUUCCCUUGUAACAUCUGGAGUAAAUGUUUAUUUACUUUGGAUUACAGCCCCCAGAAUCCCCUAAAAUCAGCAUGAGAGAAUCUCAAAUUUUAACAUUAAAUUAUUAUGGUUGUUGUUAAAUUAUUAUUAUUUUAUAGCAGGCAUGGGCCAACUUCGGCCCUCCGGGUGUUUUGGACUUCAACUCCCACAAUUCCGAACAGCCGGUAGGCUGUUCGGAAUUGUGGGAGUUGAAGUCCAAAACACCCGGAGGGCCGAAGUUGGCCCGUGCCUGCUUUAAACUUUAUUUAAUAGUCAGAAAAGGAGAUCAAACACAGGUUCCCAUUUGAUAAUGAAAAGUCAGUUUUUCGUUAUCAUAAUCCUGGGAAUUAAUUCAAUCUCUAGUCAUGGGAGUGCGAAUCUGUCCAUGCAAGGAGAAGAUCCAGUGUGCUAUCAUUUUUGCAAGGGAUUAAAGUACAUCCUUCUGCUCAUGAUACCUAUAACCUUGGAUUUAGUUGCACCCACCACAUGCUAUGAUUUGACUUUGCUGCCAAUAGCAACCUUCCAUGCAAUUACUGAGAUUUGCAGUACUUGGAGUUCCAAUCUGGGAUUUGCAGUCUUUGGAGUUCUUUGCAAGUAGUACCUCCCCGGACUGCAAACUCCAGCAUCCCAAGUGAAGGAAAUCUGGUUGUUAAAGUGAAAGAAUAGCAUGAUAACUUUGUAAUGAAUGGCUGGCCCUCCUGUUUGGUUAUUAAGCAUGAGUUGCAGGUUUUUGCACAACUGGAGAAACUUACGUGAAUGGAAAACUCUGCAAUGCAACUUGGUGUUCUCGCAAGCAUUUCUCUUCUUUCUGGACUAAUACAGCCUUCCAGAUAGAUGAUCCUGGGCAACAACUCCCAUCAGCUGCAUAGCCAAUAGAGAUGAGAAAGGCUGUGACAACAUCUGGAUGGGGAUACCGGUAAAGAGAGUCAUAAGUUACUCAGAAGACGGAUAUUAGAGUGAAAUAAGCAAACGAAAGGAGGAAGUGACUCUACUUUUUGAACAAAGCAGGUCACGUUUUUGGAGGCAACGUUCUUCCCUUUGCAUCAAGAAAUGGUCCUUUCCAUACCAUUUGGUGUUUUGGACUACAACUCCCACCAUUCCUAACAGCCUCAGGGCCCUUCCUUUCCCCCCACAGCCGCUUAAGCGGCUGUGGGGGGAAAGGAAGGGGCCUGAGGCUGUUAGGAAUGGUGGGAGUUGCAGUCCAAAACACUUGGAGGGCCCAAGUUUGCCCAGACCUGACCUAGAGGCUUCCUUUAUGUUUUAACCUGCUGCUAUCUGUGAUGGUGCAAAUGGUGAUGGAAUUCUUUCCCCCCACCUUUUUAAAAGAUUUCCUGUUGUUGCAUGACUCGUUUUUUUAUAUUAAAAAUAAAGCUGAAAUAGAAAGCGAA